GUUGAACAAUGCGAAUGGCCUGAUCUCCUCUGUCCACAUAUAUCUUUGCUUCUCCAUAACAGAAUACAGCAAAUCAAAAUGGAAUCGCCCGAGUCGUCUUAUGUUUCUUCUCCUGAGGUCGCACCGAAGCGAUCUGGACCUUCGAAGUCCCCCCCUCGAGAUUACAAGGAGAGGCCUACCUACAUUAGAUUCCUUGUAUCAAAUGCAGCUGCUGGUUCUGUCAUUGGAAAGGGUGGUUCCACUAUUACGGAGUUUCAGUCACAAUCUGGAGCUCGAAUUCAAUUGUCACGCAAUCAAGAGUUUUUUCCAGGAACAUCUGAUAGGAUAAUCAUGAUAUCUGGAAUGAUUAAUGAAAUUCUCAAGGCAAUGGAACUAAUUCUUGCCAAGUUGCUGAGCGAGGUUCAUUCUGAAGAUGGUGAUGAUGUUGAUCCGAGAUCGAAAGUGAGGCUUAUAGUUCCCAAUAGCUCUUGUGGUGGCAUAAUUGGGAAGGGUGGAGCUACCAUAAAGUCAUUUAUUGAAGAUUCCCAGGCUGGUAUCAAGAUAUCCCCUCAGGAUCAUAAUUAUAUGGGGUUGAAUGAUAGGCUAGUGACACUGACUGGGUCUCUGGAGGAACAGAUGCGGGCAGUCUUUCUGAUUUUAUCAAAGCUAACCGAAGAUGCUCAUUACUCGCAGUCAAUGAGUGCUCCAUUUUCAUAUGCUGGUGUCAACUUCUCCGGUUUUCAUGGCAUGCCAUAUGCUUAUGUGCUUCCUUCUGUUGGAACAGUAGCAUACAAUACUAUAAACUAUGGACCAAAUGACGGCGGCGGGAAAUUUCAAAAUGAUAAGGAUAAUCGAGGCAAUUCUGUGACAAUUGGUGUUGCAGAUGAACAUAUUGGAGUCGUCGUCGGUCGUGGUGGAAGGAAUAUAAUGGAGAUUAGUCAGGUUAGUGGGGCCAGGGUUAAAAUAUCAGAUCGGGGAGAUUUCAUGUCUGGCACAUCAGACAGGAAAGUGACAAUCACAGGGUCACAGGGAGCAAUCCGUAUGGCUGAAGGUAUGAUCAUGCAGAAGGUUGCUUCUGCCAUGGAGAGGUGAUGGGUUGGGUGCAUAUCUCAUAACUCCAAAAUUACAUUCUUAAUUUUCUCUGGCCCUUUUCCUUCAGUAUUGUUUGGGAUUCAUAUGUGGAUGUGGAGCUUGAGAUUCUUCUAUAUCUGACUUGGAGACUCUGUUCGUAUACACCUCUGCUAAUAUCUAUUUUAAAGGAGGAAUCUUGAAGGAAGAAAAAAUGGUUUCAAAUGAAGGAAGAAAAGAAGGGUUAAAAGUUUCGAAAUGGACCACGCUGUGAUCGCUUCUUUAGGGCAU